AUGGAAGAAUAUAGGAUUAGCGAUGAUGUAUAUGAACAAAUAAAAGAUUUCUCCUGGUUAACCGAAGAACAAGACUUGUUAGUGGAUAAACUAAUAUUAAAUAAAGAAAUAAAAGAACGUUAUAUAAAAUUUAGGUUAUGUAAAGGAUGUAAACAACCUAAAAGUGCUGCUGAUUGCAAUCGUUGGAAAAGAGAUCGAAGUCAACGUGUUGUUUUAAAAUAUAUAUACAACUCACAAGAUAAUAUAGCCGAAUUUUUAAGAGAAGUUGAAUCACAUGUUAUUGCGAAUGAAUGUGGAAGUGUCGGAGUGAUUCGCUGCUAUGGUAUUGCUAAAAAUCCAGAAACAAAUGAAUAUAUGAUGAUAAUGGAACAAGGGAUGAAUGGUAGUUUAAGACACAUCCAUAAACGAGGAUUAAUUCAUCAUGAUUUUCAUUCUGGAAAUAUAAUAAAUAUUGCCAAUGCAAAGGUUUCUGUUACUGAUUUGGGAUUAUGUCGACCAUUGGAUGCUCAAAAUAACGAUGUAACCUUAGCUAUUAAAAUUUGUCAAGGAUUAAGACCAAAGUCUAAUUAUAAAAUUCCUCGAUUAAUUUUAGAUAUAAUUUAUCAAUAUUGGGAUGGUGACUCUCUAAAACGACCUACAGCAGAUGAAAUGGCAGCUUGGAAUUUUGAUAACAAUUGUUGGGAACGAUAUGGAAGACGUGUUGUUUUAAAAUGUAUACAUAACUCACAGGAUAAUAUAGCCGAACUUUUAAAAGAAGCUGAAUCACAUGUUGAAUGA